AUUCCCGCCAGCUCGAGAACGGAAGUUCGCGGCAGCGUCUGACAUCAGCCCUGGAGUGGUGUGAUGUCAUACACGGGAUCACCACCGAUCCAUGUCAAUUUGGGCGAUGCAUGAGACUGAACUGCGGCUCCCACCCGGCGCAGGGGUCAGGCGUGUUUCAGAACCAAGUUCACCGGCUGACGCAGGAGCCACUAAUGGUCUGCAUUCUCUGUCACAUUGUGCUCCGCUAUGGCUAUCCUUAUUGUCUUUGAAUUGAGUGCAGCUCAUUUGCAACUUUGGGGUAUAUGAAGACUCUAGUUCCUCCACCACCGGUCCUGGGGAUGGCUUCGGGUAGAUAUAUGGCUACCCUGUUCUACACGUACCCAUACCAUAACUUUAGGCGAAUCGCCGGAGCGUCUGCGGCGGACUACGAUGCUAGUGCCUGCGGACAUGUCGAGGAUUUGGUCCGGCUCAACCGGGCUGCAUAUUGCCGAAACCACGGCAAGCCAUACGUCUAUGGCAACAAGCGAGGUCUCCCCAGCAUGAGAGGGACUCCGGGGUGUCUCCAACCCUAUCCGAUGAUCUAGCAGCUUAGUUCUGACCCGCCGAACGGGCACUGAUAUUUAGAAGAAUCUUUC